UAAAAAUAUUGAUGUCUGUAGUAAAUAUUUAAAUUAUUAAGUAAAAAUAGCAAAUUUGUGAUAUAUAAAUUAUUUGUGGUUUUAAACAAUGGCUGAAGAAGCAGAAGAAAAAGCGAGCGGUGAUACCGUCUCAAUAGUUAAAGCAGAAUCUGAGAUUGCACCACCAAAAGUACCAGAUGUAGAGUUGAUAGUAGAUGGGUUUGGUUUUAUGCCAGAAGACAGUGUAAAUCAGUUUAAAUCUAGGAGUAAAAUGACAGCAGCAGAAUUAAAGAAAUCUUCAAAAUCUGUAAAAGAAAACAAAUCUACAUCAUCCAGUCAAAGUCCUUGUGCAUCAAGUACAAAUAUUGACAUUGUAAGAAGAUAUACUUGGAAGACAAAGAAUAGAAUGACAGUACAGAUUAUAACAUUUGGUGCUACCAUAACAACAAUUCAAGUUCCUGAUAAAAAAGGAGUUCCUGAUGAUGUGAUAGCUGGAUUUGAUACAUUAGAAGAAUAUUUUCAACCAAGAAAUCCAUAUUUCGGAGCCACCAUAGGACGUUACGCAAACUAUAUCCGUGACGGGACUAUAGUAGUUAAACCAUCCGGAAGAAUGUACAUGCUUAGUAACAAUCGAGGACACAAUCACUAUAAUGGUGGAUAUAUUGGAUUUGAUAAGGUUAAUUGGCGCUCCUACGUGAAUGGAAAUAAAGUGGUAAUGAGUCAUAUUUCCGAGAGAUUUCAUGAAGGCUACCCUGGAACUGUGAUGGCACAGAUCACUUUUGAAGUUACUUGCAACAACACUCUUAAAAUUGAAAUGAGAUGUACUACCAGUGAACCUACAAUAGUCAAUUUAAGUAGUUCACCUUACUUUAAUUUGGCUGGUCAUCAUGCAGGUCCAGAACAAAUGUAUGACCACAUCAUUAGUAUUAAUGCCGAUAAGUACACGGUCGUGGAUGACGAUGGACUUGUCACAGGAGAGAAGAACGUAGUAGGAGGUACAGCUUACGACUUCAGAGUGCCGCGCGUUUUGCGUGCUAUGCUGCCAAGGAUACCUAUGGGAGGAUAUGAUGUCAACUAUUGUAUCACGCAAGGCACUGAACAAGAUUUAUCUUUCCAAGCCAGAGCACUCCAUCCUCUCACCGGGAGGGUUGUUGAAGUGUACAGCAAUCAACCAGGCUUGCAGUUCUACACAGGCAACCUUCUGCCGGAUCCGGAUAAAAUUGUCGAGGAACCGUCAGCAGAAGAAGAAGAAGAAGCACGUGAAGAAGAAGUGAAGGUGGAGUCUGACAGUGGAAGCGAAAGCGAGAGCAGUGAGGAGUCGAGUGUAAAAGGCGAAGAUGAGGCUGGCGAAGAAAGCAAGGGCAAGAAAAGCUACGGUUAUAUACCACUAAUGGGGAAACAAGGGGCCCAUUACAAAAAGCAUGGCCUUUUCUGCUUAAUGCCGCAAAACUAUCCGGAUGCAGUAAAUCAUAAAAACUUCCCGAACUCCAUACUGAAUCCAGGCGAGGUGUACGUUCAUAAGAUUCAAUAUAAAUUUGGUCUACUGCUCGGAAAAUAUGUAUGAUAGGGAAAGAUGAUUGUGAUUUGGUAAAAAUAAAAAUUUGUAUUCGUCGAAAAUAUA